GUUUGCAAAAUAGGCCACGGUAUUUGAACUUUCGUAUAUUCCGUAUAUUUUGUUUUAUUUGAAAGAAAAUGGACAGUGUAUACUUAUUUUGGUGCCUGUUUACACUCUCCCGUGUAAUUGCUCAAGAUCCUACUGUAACUUUACCACAAGGACGGAUUGUUGGGAUAAGGGUUUACACAACAAGUUCAUCUUUAACUCCUGUCGAAGUUUUCUUUGGAGUUCCCUACGCUGCUAAUGAUUUUUCUUCGGUUUCUACACAUAGAUUUGCUGCCCCAACACGACAUCCUGGAUGGAGUCGUACAUUUUUUGCACACAAGAUGCCACAGCGGUGUCCGCAGUUGAACGAUAGUGAAAGCGACAACUUCAGUGAAAAUUGUCUUUUCCUUAACAUCUGGACACCACGGCGAGCGGAUGGAAAAUCUUUACCCGUGAUGGUGAUAUUGUAUAGUGAAUCAUGGUCUCGCGGUGGAGUGACUUUGCCAUGCCAAGAGCUGGCCGCAGAAGGGGUCGUAGUGGUGACGGUGGCGUAUCGCCUUCACGCUCUCUCCUUCUUCACACUAGGCUCUAUCGCUGCUCGCGGAAACCUCGCCCUGCUCGAUCAGUACUUGGCAAUGUUGUGGGUUCGCGAAAACAUAGCUGCCUUCGGUGGUGACCCGACUACAAUAACCCUCUUAGGGCAUUCAGCGGGUGCUGACAGUAUACUGCAUCACAUUACUUCUCCAAGAGCUAUUGGCUUAUUUCAACGUGCGAUAGUAAUGUCACCUCGUGAUAUUUGGCACGCCUUGGGUGAAGACAUGCACUAUAACGCCACUGACGCUGAGAAGAUCUCGCGCGAUUUAGCUCGUUCUCUAGGGUGCACCAGCGUUGUAGACCUAGAAAUACUUCGAUGCUUGAGAGCGCGCCCCUUGUCUGACAUAUUAUCCAUAUAUUCGAAUUCAAAUUGGAGCAGCAUCAUGCGCCCCGUACCAGAUAUUUUUCUGCCGGAAUUACAGUAUUACCUACCAAAUUCACUUUCGGUUGCACUCUCAGCUACUAAACAACCGACCAUACAACUUGACCUGCUUUUGGGAACCACUGACCUUGAAGCCAUAAACUACAGCGACGGACAAUAUGAUGAACUAUUGAAGCGUGGAGAGGCGUAUGUUACGGAAUAUGCUGACACUAAAGUUAUACCAAAACUGUUGCGAAUGUUUUCAUUGGACAAGUCCGAUGCAAUAUCAGUGCUAUCCCAAGCGGUUCGUUGGGAAUAUUGGGGCCCACUGUCACAGGACUCUGAGGGAUCUGUAUUAUCCUGUGUGGAGGCAACAGGGCGCGCAGAGACAGCAGCCACUUGGGGCGCGGGCGGCGCGCUGCUGGCCGCGCGGCUGGCACGACGCGUGUCGCGCCUGUUCGUGUACCGGUACUCGCAGCCCGGCGGGGUCGAUCUGCAAGGAAGACAGAUCAAUUAUACAGGAGCCGUACACGGAACAGAUUUGGUGUCUCUAUUUGGUGACGCUUUGAUGCUUCAAGUAGCGCGAAGACCAGCGACUAGAGAUGAGAGAAGGAUUUCUUCCAUGUUUCAAAAGUACAUCACCAACUUCGUAAAAUUUGGGUCUCCAGGCCCCGAAGAGUGGCGCCGCUACCGUGCCGGGGACGCGCAUGUGCAGGAGUUGCGUGCGUGCACGACGGACGGUUGCGAUGCAGGCGCAGGGCGAGACCCCGCCUUUUGGCUCCAGCACCUGCCGCGACUAGCUAGCUUAUUCGAGGCUGGACAUUCCGAACCGCUUACUUUGGAGAAAGGUGAAAGUCGUCUGCGCGGCGGCGUGUUCGCACUGUGCGCAGUGUCCGCGUUGUUGCUGCUGCUGCUGUGCGCGUGCGCACUCGUGCUGCGGAGAGAGUGCGCCCGCCGCGCCGACCUUGACGAUGACUCGCAUCACUCACAUCAGUGAUUCGACUGC